AUGGAAGAAACUAUCGGGAGACUGCUAAAGCAACAGCAGGACUUUUUAGUGGACGUAUUGAGUACAAAUAGAGCAUGGAUGAUUGCACAAUUGGAAGAGCAAAAAACAAAUCUUGCUAAAAUGCAAGAAAAUCCUCGUGAGCCGACCAUAACCUCAACAAAUAUAUCCGUGCCAGCCUUUCCACCGUAUGUGCAUACAAAGCAAAGUUUUGACUCGUACAUCGCACAAUUAACCCAGCAUUUCGAAGCGUAUUCAGUCACGAAGCAGGAACAGAAACGAGCAUUUUUGCUCUCGUGGGUAGGAGCCGACUGUUUUGAGCUGCUAUCCAAACUUUUCGGCACAGAAGACAUACAAACGCAGACAUACGAAAGCAUUAAAGAAAAGUUGUCAACGCACUACAAGGAAAAUGUUCACAUACUGGCCUCAAGAUACGAAUUUCUGUCAUCGAAAAUGAAACCAGAACAAAAGUAUUCAGAAUGGGUUGCUGAACUGCGGGGCAUAGCGCGGAAUUGCAGGUUCGUGUGUAGUAACAAUACUUGCAAAACGUCAUUUAUAGAUGACCUGCUUCGAGACAUUUUAGUUUUGAAUUCGCCACAUGAACCGGUACGCACUGCAGCACUACAAAAGCCUAAUCCGGCACUCGCAGAUGUUAUGGCUUUAGCCGAAAGCUAUGAAACAACACAGGCCAUGAAAAAGCGGAUGUCAUCUAGCACAGCAGAACGCAGCGAAGUAUUUCAGCUGAAACAGCACCAAGCUGAAAAAAAGCUUAAGCCAAGCGCAAGCAAGAGUAACUGUUUUCAAUCCUGCUCUGGGUGCGGGAAGCACCACUCCAGAAGCCAAUGCAAAUUCCGUAAUGCACAAUGCCGAAAGUGCAAUCGUUUCGGCCAUAUCGCACCAGUUUGUAAAGCACAAAGUGCAAUUACCGACAAUAAAAAUAAUAAAAAGGAGAAGCAACCGCAGACUAACAACAAUAACGCUCAGCGAAGUGUGUCAACGAUCAACUUUGUUGCUUCAAUUACGAGCACCGUGCCAAACAAAGUAGGAAACAAAUAUCUGAUUGAAAUAGGGGUGAAUGAAGUACCAGUCAAGUUUCAGAUGGAUACCGGCGCCACUUGCUCCGUGAUUGGCUUAGAUGUAUAUAAUGAAAUUGGAAAGCCAAGUCUUACGCCCUAUCCAACUGGUAAGCUAAUCGCGUAUGGGGGAAGUGCUGUAAGCAUUUUGGGAACUAUUGAUGUCACUAUUCAUCAUGGGCAAAUUAAACGGCUAGUGAAACUUGUUGUAGCUAAUGUUCAGCAAAAUAGUGAAAUCCUUGGAACGGAUUUGCUAGAAGAAUUGGGAUUAUGCGCCUGCCAAGCACAUCACGUAAACGCCGUUACGACGGAUCCUAACGAAAAUAUCGAAGGGCUUUUGAAAAAAUUUGCAGAUGUGUUUGAAGGCACGUUGGGUUAUUGCACAAUUUCAAAAGCUGAGUUACGGCUAAAACAUGAUGCGACACCUAAGUAUUUCAAAUCUCGCCCUAUACCUUUCGCGCAAUUGAAGGACUUCAAAUUAGAGGCACAGCGUCUAACGGACUGCGGGAUAUGGAAACCAAUUACGUUCAGCAAAUGGGCAGCACCCAUCGUAGUGGUUCAAAAAAAAGACGGGCUUUUGAGGAUAUGCGGUGACUUUAAAGCUGUGAACGCACAGCUCGAGGUAGAUCACUACCCAAUACCCCGCAUUGAAGAACUGUGCCGCAAGCUAAGAGGAGGCACAAUCUUUGCCAAAAUUGACCUUUCAGACGCAUACUUGCAAGUGGGUCUGACCGAAGAAGCGAAGCAGCUAAUGGUUGUUAAUACCCCAUUGGGCUUGUUCCAGUAUCAACGCCUGCCGAUGGGAGUGGCCAGCGCUCCGGCCCUUUUUCAGAAGCUAUUGGAACAAGUCAUUGAAGGUAUUCCGAUGUGUAUUAAUUAUCUUGACGAUAUAUUAGUAGCUGGUAAGUCAAUACAAGAGUUAUUGGAAAAUUUGCAAUCAGUAUUCGAGCGACUGCAAGCAUCUCGGUUAAAAUGCCGCAAAUCCAAGUGCACUUUUAUGCAGCGUCGAGUUGAAUAUGUCGGAUUUGUGUUGGAUGCAGCGGGUUGCACGCCAUCUCCAGCUAAGGUUUCAGCUAUAAGUGAAAUGCCGCGGCCUAAAAAUUUUAAGGAACUUCAAGCAUUCCUGGGUAAAAUUAAUUAUUACAAUAAAUUUAUAUCGAAUUUUGCAGAUAAGGCUGCUCCGCUUAACCAGCUACGUAGGCAAGGCGAAAAAUUUCGGUGGGGAGAGAAGCAAGAAAAAGCGUUUCUAGCUCUUAAGCACCAAUUGAGUAGAGCACCUUUGCUAAUUCAUUUCGAUGACCAGUUACCCCUUAUUUUGGCAACAGACGCAUCUUCGCAUGGAAUAGGAGCUUUUAUAUCGCACAGAAUGCCGGAUGGGUCCGAAAAGCCCAUCGCGUUCGCAUCUAAGACGCUUGACCACCACCAAAUACGUUACAGUCAGAUAGAAAAGGAAGCGCUUUCUAUUGUAUUUGGUGUCAAGAAGUUUCACCAAUUUCUGUUUGGUCGCCAGUUUACAUUGCUCACAGACCACAAACCGCUGGUGUCGAUAUUCACCCCUGAUAAGCAACUACCGUCUGUGAUGAUACAACGCCUUCAGCGCUGGGCAUUACUGCUCAUGUCCUAUCGGUAUACUAUACGAUAUAGGCCAACGGAUAAGCAUUGUAACGCAGACGCUCUAUCUCGGCUUCCAGUAGGGCCGGAUGCCGAGUUCGACCAAAGUGAAGCAUGCAUGCAGGUCGAAUCUGACCUAACUGCUUCACCACUUAAUGUGCAACAUCUGGCAAACCUAACUGCAAAGGAUCGCACUCUUAAACAAGUGUGGCGAUUCAUCGAAAAGGGGUGGCCUGAGAAGCUUCCAUCGCAACACCGCGAGCUACAGCCGUAUUUUGUUCACCGGCACGCGCUUAGUUUGGAAAUGGGGGUCAUUAUAUUGAGAACAGAGUACACGCGUGUGGUCCUACCGUUGACGGCACAAGCAACCGUCCUUGAAUUGCUGCAUGAAGGACACUGGGGUAUGACGCGUAUGAAGCAAAUGGCGCGUCAACACUGCUGGUGGCCCUCUAUGGAUACACACAUAGAAAAGAAAGUUUCACAAUGCGAAAUAUGCCAACAGCAAAGUACAUCUUCACCAGCUCGAGCAUAUACAAAUUGGCCUGUAGCUGAACGUCCAUGGCAGCGCUUACACUUGGACUUUGCCGGGCCGUUUCAUAACGCUACUUGGCUUAUAUGCAUCGACGCAUUUUCGAAAUAUCCAUUUGUAACAAAGAUGGCCAGUAUAACGGCUAAAGCAACGAUCGAUGCCUUAAAAGUAAUAUUUUCUGUCGAAGGUCUGCCUGAUACCAUAGUCACGGAUAACGGACGGCAAUUCUCAGCGGCCGAGUUCCAGGUUUUUUGUAACAGCAAUGGGAUUACGCAUCUCACCACUGCGCCUUUUCAUCCGGCAUCGAACGGCGAAGCUGAACGCUUUGUGCGCACCUUUAAGCAAGCCUUUAAGAAAGCAGUCGCGGACGGUAAAAAUCAUUUAGAUUCUCUACUAACCAUUCUUAGCACUUAA